UCCACUUUUAUACAAUAUAAUUAAAUAAUAUAGUACUCAGUAGAGUAAUCAGUCUGAGUCGACUCAUCUAUCCCGAGUCCACUCGGCCUCCUCAUGUGCAAUCGCUUUCGGCUCUGUUCUGUUCAGCAGCAAAAAUCACUGUGAAACUGUGAAUCCAGCCCUAUGAGCUCUGGGCACAUGUCUAGACUCCAUUGGUUCUCUCUCUAACUGUGAUUCAAUGGUGGCAGUGAUUCAUUCAAAUGGCAGACCUCUGACUAUUUUAGCUGCAUAUGGAUAAUCCAAGUGAUGUGCUGAAUGUAUUUUGUCCCGGCCAAAAUGUAAACAAGAUGAGUCCACAUGGUGGAGUCUGACAGAUUGAGUUACACUGGUGUAUUUGGGGUGGAAAGGGAAACUAAAGUGUUGAGAGACUACGAUGAAGAAAACGACAAUUUUAAUGGAACAUCUUCUGUUGUUAUUUAGUUACUGACCUACUUAUCUGCCACCAUUGGCUUUUAUUGGUUUGUAUGGGUCUCUUCUAGGCUCAGGGAGCAAGCUUCUAAUCUGUUCUUUUGAAGGGAGCACCAGAGCAACUUGUGACCUACUUUGUAUGUUGCUGUUCAAACAGAGGAGCAUCCUGAAACCCUGCAAUUUGUUGAUUUGAGUUUGAAGAUUGAUUUCAGUGAUGGAUUGGAACUUGAGAACUCUCUGAGAGUUGGAUUGGGAAAUUCUACCAAUGUUCAGUGGCAAGGCAAUUGGAAUUCCCAGACGAUUACAAAUUCCCAUGCACGAGAUUGAAGGAAAUGGAGUUGAUGAUGGGUCUAUAUAUUUAUUGGGAGGCGCUGGUUUAUCUGGCUCUAGUUUGGGACAUAGCUCUUUAUCCAAGUGCUCCAUCUCAGCUUCUGCCAAUUCUUCAUCUGAGGGGGGAAUGAAGACAUUUAGUACUGUUGAUGAUUUGCCGAAAGAUUUUAGUGAGAAGGAAGAGUUUGCCACUACGGGUUACAGAGAGAAUUUUACUACUUUUGGGCCUUCUGUUGGGUCUGGUGCACCAGUAAUUGAUAGAAAGCUUGGUAAAAGGACAUAUUUUGAAGAAAUGUGUGCUCCUAGUGCAACAAAGACUGCAUCUUUUUCUGCAAUUCAUACAUCAUCUGCUACAACAAAGAGAUCUAGGUCAUCUUAUCAGAGUAUGCAGACCCCACGCUGUCAGGUAGAAGGAUGCAACCUUGAUCUGAAGUCAGCCAAAGACUACCAUCGCCGACAUAAAAUCUGCGAAAGCCAUUCCAAAAGCCCAAAGGUAAUUGUAGCUGGGAUGGAGCGCCGGUUUUGCCAACAGUGCAGCAGGUUCCAUGGUUUGUCGGAGUUUGAUGAUAAGAAGCGAAGCUGUCGUAGGCGCCUCUCUGAGCACAAUGCACGGCGCCGCAGGCCUGAGCCAGAGGCAAGCCAGUUCAACUCCGCAGGCCUACCUUCAUUAUUUUACGACGGGAGUCAGCAGAUGAAUCUUUUCUUCAACAGGAUCCCCAACCCAGUUCCAAACCCAACAUGGCAAACUGCUUGCAGCUUUGAGGUUGCACAAGCCAGAGAUUUUCUGUGUCGGCCUGCAAAAUCCGGGACAUUUGGUAGGCAGCAACAUCUGUCCAGUGAUGAUACGUCCAACGCCAUUUCUAAGCUACAUCUUGACUCGGAUAGGGUCUUGCCUUUCCAGUGCACAACACCUCGGGUCCUUAAUCAUGGUUUAGAGGCAUCUACCAUUACUUCUAAUAACUUGGAUGUAGCACCAGAGCUUCGACGUGCUCUCUCUCUUCUGUCAACUGAUUCUUGGGGUUUGAAUGAGCCUGAACCCAUUUCUCUGGAGCAGCUCACCCGUGUAAACCAAACCGGUGUGGCCCAGCCAGUGAUUCAUGCAGAAUCGCGAAAUAGGGUACUUGCUUCAACAGAAUAUGUACGGGUGGAACAAGCACCUUCCAAAUCCCAAGUGCGUUCAUCGAAUUUGCAUAAUAAUGGCAGCAGCCAGUUCCAAGAGUUUCAAUUGUUCAAAGCACCAGAUGAAUCUCGCUGCUUUUUUUCCGAUUAACUGAUAAUCAGAACUAAGCCAGCCCUCCAGAGUAAAGUUGGUUUCAUGUUAAGGUUCGGACAAGCAGAGGACUCAUCUAACCGGAGACCUGGGGAAACACGUGUUUGAAAAUCUGAUCGUCAGCUAUUUCUCACUGGGUACUUUACCAUAAAAUUACUCUUUUUUCAUCAAAAGAGCGAUGUUGCAUUUACUCCAUCAGAUAUUAUUUCAUUUGAACAUCAUAUUCCAAUAUGAGAAAACGUUUGUAAUUUUCAACCGUACUAUCAAAACUCAUCAUUCUUAUGAAUUUGCAAAAAGUAUCAUUCCUUUCCGAUUGCUUCAUAGAAUUGGUUAGACUGUUUUACGCUUAA